AUGACACUUGCGAGAGAGGUGAAAUAUGAUGAAUUCGGACUACGUGAGGCUAUCUGCAAGGAACUAGAGAGCGGCAGCCGGGCAAAUCCGGAAGAUCGUCUUUCUGGCGGCUCCCACGCUGAUUCUGGUGGUAUGAGCUCCAGCUGCACCCAUUUUAUCCAAAGACAAGCUGACAACCCUAUCACUUACCACGUUGCUCCUCCCCGAAACCUCCGCUCCCCGCAUCCUGUACGCGCGAGCCGGACGCCUAGCCAACUCACGCAGGACCCCAUCCUCCGCUCGCAGUACGAAGUCGAGCACGACCGAGAAGAAACAGCCGGAAAACGUACCGCCUGGACCCUGCUGUACUCCGCCCUCAUCAUCCCCUGGGAGAUCCACGCCCUGGACACCUCGACCCUCUUUACUACCUACGCGAUGUCAGUCAGUCAGAUGGGGCUGGUUUACCUCUGUGUGCCCGUGGGCACCUUCCUAGCCGCGAUCCCCUAUUUCGCCUUUAUCCACUGGGAGGUGCACGCUCCCAUGCGCCGUGACGAGACCAACCCCGAGCCCGAACACCGCCUCGUGCCCGCGCUGGGCGCCUCGAUCAUCAUCCCCGCGGGUCUGUUCCUAUUCGCAUGGACUGGCUGCGGCGCGCACGUUCACUGGAUCGUGCCCACAGUUGGCGCCAUGCUGGUCGUCGGCGGCAACGCCAUCAUCUUCCACACAAUCUACGUCUACGUCGCCCUCGCUUACCCGCGCUACGCCGCCUCACUGUACGUGUGCAAUGGUGUCAUCCGGACAACGGUGGCGUGCGGGGCCAAGCUAGUUGCGCAGCCGCUCUACGCCGACUUGGGGAUCGCUGGCGGAACCUCCCUGGUGGCCGGGCUGUGUUGUCUCUGCACGCUGGGCAUGUUUGGGCUGUAUCGGUUCGGGGCGGCGCUGCGGGCGCGGAGUCGCUUCACGGCCAAGUCUUUACAGGAUGCUGCUGGUUGA